GUCUGAUGGGGUCGCGGAUGCCAAAGCUUGCUAUGCCACCGCUAGCGUUGAUCAUGUCAGACACUUUGUUACGCUAGCAAGUAGCGCAAAGCGUAAGAGACAAGAGAUCGUUUCCGUCGAGUCUAUUGUGACGGCGUUGGACAAUACUCUAUCCUGCUUAUGUCGCAUCUUGCAUUCGACUUGGUCAGUCUCAUGCUACUUCUGACGAUGAUACUUCAAACUGGAUAUUACUCUUAUAGAAGCGCCCCGUGCCCACUGCCCACCCACUGCGCUGUCUUGCAACGUCGCAAUGAUGUAACAUUUCUCGUGAUAACACCGAGAUGCUGGUACAGGUAUAUUGAAGAGAAGGGAUCUUCUUCAUCCUUUGUUCAUUGCAUCACCAUCAAGCGCGGGAAGAUCGCCAGGGGAAUGAAAUUCCACCCGGAGAAAUAGCAGGACCAUUCAUAUCAAGAGGUUAUACGAAUGAACCUGUCAUUUCUUAGGAGUCAGGGUGGAAAUGUCUUACCAGAAAGAAGUGCUGAUCCGAUUUUUUGAAUGAUACUGUGCCCCUCUUUUUCGC